AUGAAAAGUGAUUAUGGAUUGUAUUCGGGAUUGAAACAUUAUGGUUGUGUAGUUGAGACGGAUAAUGUUAUAUGGUGCUUGGAUCCUGUUUUCUCUUAUCUUCCUCCAAUCUCUUUGUCUCCCAUUUUGUUUAAAACUUUAGGAGACUCACCAUUGCCCAAGUUCUCAUCUUCCUCAAGCUUGGUUUUGUAUUUUAACGUUCAAUUGAUGGCGGCAAACGAGGAGUUAAAGGUGGAGGUGGAACAAGUUCAAGUGACAUCACCGUCGUCAGGUUCUUUCCGUUGCAGGCUCCACCGUACACCUAGCGGCAUUCAACGCACGAAAAGUAUCAAUUAUGAUGCUAAGGCUAUUGGCCAUAACGAAAACGGUGAUAUGAAAACCGUAAUUGCACCAUAA